CUGCCAGUUUGCGCAACGCCGCCUGUGCAUAGACUACAAAAAAAAAGUUUCGGCCGGUCGCGGAGUGCGCGGGAAAAAUUUAAAAACGUGAAGUGCAUUCGAAAAUUUGACGUGUGUGCAUUUUGAUUUUGGUGGUUGCCGAGAAGAUAUAUUUGUAAACACAAUGGGUUCUCUGCCUCGGGUCUCAGUGGUGUCGGGUGCGCGGCGCGUGGUCCCUGGGGCUCCGCUGCCGUCCCACCUGGCCCGCCUCGGCUGUAGCGACUCUACCGCCCUCGUGUACUCUGAUGAGACUGGCACGACGCGCGUAACCUACGCGCAGCUAGCAGCGCGCACAAAUGCGCUGGCGCGUGCAUUGGCGUCGCGUGCGCGCGGCACCGGCGCCAACCAAGAUGGCGACUUUGUAGUCGCCGUGUGCAUGCAGCCUACACACAACACCGUGAUGGCGCUCCUCGCGUGCUGGAAGGCCGGAGCCGCCUACGUGCCCAUGGAGCCCGGCUUCCCUCAACAGCGCAUCAAUCACAUUCUACAGGACGCACAACCGUGCCUCGUUAUUUACGAUGACCGAUGCAACCCCUCAAUGUUCGCUGCCACUGGCGUGCCUUCAGUCUCGUUCGAGGAGCUGGCGUUGGAAGCCAGCGGUCUAUCUGCGGAGACCUUGAACCCGAUGGAGAUGCUGGCUGACUCCCGCGCUGAUAGCAUUGCCAUAGUGCUGUAUACUUCUGGAAGCACUGGAGUGCCUAAAGGUGUCCGUCUUCCGUACUCCGCCAUCUGCAACCGCCUGUGGUGGCAGUUCCACACUUUCCCGUUCACGGAAACAGAAGCCACUUGCGUCUGGAAGACCGCUCUGACCUUCGUGGACUCGGUCUGCGAGAUCUGGGGUCCGCUGCUGCAUGGACGGUCUUUGCUGAUCCUGUCGAGGGAGACGACUAGAGACCCGCAAAAGUUGGUGCGGGUUUUGUCUGAGAAUCAGAUACAACGACUGGUCCUCGUCCCAACCCUCCUCCGCUCGAUCCUCAUGUACCUCUCCCUGAACCGCUCGGAACGCCCACUCCAGAACCUGAAGCUCUGGGUCUGCUCCGGAGAGACCCUCAGCAAGGAGCUGGCUGCCAAGUUCUUCCAGUAUUUCGGAGACCACGGCGGCUAUAAGUUGGCGAAUUUCUAUGGGAGCACUGAGGUUAUGGGAGAUGUGACGUAUUAUGUGUUGGAGAAUACUAAGCAGUUGGACAAUCAUAAUACCAUCCCGAUUGGUUCUCCCCUGGACAACUGCGAAGUAUACUUACUCGAUGAGGAGAUGCACCCAGCGCGCGAGUCCGAAGUCGGCGAGGUGUGGGUCGCUGGGGCCAAUCUGGCGUGUGGAUACGUGGGUGGACAGGCGCCUGACAAAUUCUGCGAUAACCCUCAUGCAACAAGCGCAGACUACGGCCGCCUCUACCGUACCGGAGACUUCGGCAUGCUGCAGAAAGGAGUUAUUCUGUACGCUGGACGGACCGACUCUCAGAUAAAGAUCCGAGGGCAUAGGGUGGACCUGCAGGAGGUGGAACGUGCUGUCGCCGCUGUCAACGGUGUAGAGAAAGCCGUGGUCCUCUGUUACGGGCUAGCGACCGGCAACCCUGAGAUCCUGGCUUUCGUCACCAUUGAGCAAAAUGCCAAGCUGGGUUCGCAUCACAUCGAAGGUGCUCUGAAGAACGCCCUUACCUCCUACAUGAUACCACAGGUUAUCAUGAUCGACACCAUUCCAUUGCUUGUCAACGGGAAAGUGGACAGACAAGCACUGCUAAAGAUGUACGAAAAUACAAAUAACAACGAUGACUCAGAAAUCCCCCUUGACAUCGACUAUUCCGGCGUCGACUCCGACAGUAUGGAUAAGGCCCGAGUCCUCUUCGAGACCAUCGGAGAGGUCCUCGGUCGCGCCGCCAGGGGAGCCCUAUCAGUCAGAGCGGGCUUUUACGAGCUGGGAGGGAACUCUCUAAACUCCAUUUACACGAUUACUAGGCUAAGGGAUAAGGGGUAUUAUAUCGAAAUCAGCGAUUUCCUGGAGGCAGCCAACCUCGGAGAGGUGCUUUCGAAGCUGUCCACCAGCCCCGACUGCCAGGGCACUAACCAGCCCAAGUUCACAGCCGAACCGAUGCGCGAUGAACACAAAGACGAUGUCAUUGACAUGAUAGUGACCUCGUUUUACGAGAAAGCCGAGCUGGAGCAGUUCCUCCGGCACGAGAUCGAGACGCGCGACUACGCGCACUGCAUCAGCGCGUGUUGGGCCGCGCUACUGCAAGCACGUUUCUCCGUUGUUCUUAGAGACGACAGUGGAACUCCAGUGGCUGUGGCCUUGAACUUCGAUGCUCGUGACGAGCCAGAAAUCGAACUUACUGGCGGACUCGCCAAAAUUAUGGCUUUCCUGGAAUUCGUCGAGGGUUCUGUCAGAGACACUAUGCUUCCCGAAGGCAAAGGCACCAUACUCCACUCCUUCAUGAUGGCAACGGCCGAACACCUGAACUCACGCGACAACGUGGCCGCCAUCCGCGCGCUCGAGCACGCCACCAUGCGCGUGGCGCGCGAGAAACGGUUCCUCGGCGUGUUUACCACCAACACCAGCCCGCUUACACAGCAACUGGGCACCGACGUCCUUGGUUUCCAAACCCUCCUCGACUACCAGAUCAACCAGUACGUGGACGAGAACGGCGCCCGCAUCUUCGGAGAGGCCCCUGAUGACAUGAGGGCCAUCGUCUGCUGGAAAACUGUUGAAUGAGCCGAGACAAUGUAGGCUUUAUUUAUAAUUUAUGUACGAUUGAGAAUCCUUUAGCUUGUUAAGUUUAUGAUCUAUGAA